GAUGGAAGAAAACAAAAUGACGGUCUCCUCACCAUUUGGGCUGCACUUAGUGCACUUGGAUCUCAAAGGUGCUCCACCAAAGGUCUCCUACCUGGCUGAGAUCUUUCCUUUAUUUCGUACCCUUGGUGCCAAUGGCCUUCUCGUUGAGUAUGAGGACAUGUUUCCUUAUGAGGGAGAGCUGAAGCCACUCAGAGCAGAGCAUGCUUACAGUGCUUCAGAGAUUAAAGAGAUUUUAAAUUUGGCAAAGUUGCACAAGUUAGAAGUUAUCCCUUUGGUGCAGACCUUUGGACACAUGGAAUUUGUCCUAAAACAUCAAGAGUUUUCUCACCUCCGGGAAGUGGAGAUGUUUCCAAACGCCCUCAACCCACACAAAGAGGAAUCCCUGAUGCUGGUCAGUGCAAUGAUUAACCAGGUGGUGGCGCUGCAUGAUGGCUUACGAUGGUUUCACAUAGGCUCUGAUGAGGUCUACUAUCUCGGUGAAGGGGAGGAAUCAAAGCAAUGGCUGCAGAAAGAAGAGAACAGCACAGAGAAGCUGUUUCUGUCCCACAUGAAAGCUGUUGCAAGUUGCAUGGUCUCGUCUCAUCCGGAGGUGAAGCCCAUUGUGUGGGAUGAUAUGCUCAGGGGGGUGAGUGAGGAAACACUGACAGAGUCUGGGGUAGCUCAGCUGAUGGAGCCAAUGAUUUGGGACUAUGCACCGGAUCUUGACAAGGAUGACAAAGUGCUUCUCAUUGAAAAGUACCGCAAGUGUGGCUUCCCCAAGCUGUGGUUUGCUAGUGCCUUUAAAGGAGCCACUGGGGCGAAUCAGUCUCUAACCCUGAUUGGACACCACCUAAAAAACCAUCUCCAGUGGCUGAAAGUGGCAAACAGCACCCCUGCUGAUAUGCUCCAAGGCAUCGCCCUGACCGGCUGGCAAAGGUAUGACCACUUCUCUGUCUUAUGUGAGCUUCUUCCAGUGGGAAUCCCAUCACUAGCUGUGUGUCUACAGGCGCUACAGAAUGGUGGCUAUUCUGAAAAGGUUAAAGAAAAUGUGGAGAAACAGCUGGGGCUCUCAAGUCUGGAAAUCGACACUUUCAUGAGUGAAAGUUCAGGGACCUUUCCAGGGAGUGACAUCUUUACACUUGUGACUCAGGUCUGCUUCUAUCUGAAGCCCUCAGUAGAUGAACUUCUUGAAAGAAACAGGUAUGUCACAGGCUGGUUCAGCCCCUACCACAGAAAGAGGAGGAUCGUUCAUCCUAUAAUGAUGCAUCAUUUUCAGCCGGAUGCACUAAGUCUUCUAGCCAAGUGGAAUGCUGUGAUGCAAGAGCUUCAAGCAGCCCUUGAGAGAGUUUUCUACAUGUGUACCCUAGAAGAGUGGAUGGAGGAGAAUGUCCAUCCCAGCUUACACAAACUGCAGGAAGUAGUGGAUGACCUAGACAAAGCAAUACAAGCACAAGCCUAG